UGUCUCUACCGACGUACUUAGCCGUUAACCUCCCGACGAAAAGCCCCCAAACCCAAUUUGAAUUUCAGAUCCUGACAUUGCUAUGCGAUCCGAAUAGGCCUCCACGGCACCCACGCCGCCGUCUCCCUCCUGCCCCCCGACGCAGCCCACGCGGCGGCGCCGCCACAACCCCACCCAUUGUCCACUCGACGGGCCAGGAUUCCAAGUGCUCACUCGCGUCGAAACCCCAAGCCUAAUCCCCAAUCCGGCAAUUCCCCCUCCACCUCAAAGCUCUCCCCUUACCUCACCUAAAUCCUGGCAGAUGGCUCCGGCGAUGCCGAAGCAGCGCGCGGUGCAUCUCCCCGACAACGAGGAGGUUGCGCGCCUCCUCCUGGAGAAGCACCGGUCGAUGCUGGAAAAAGACAUCCCAGACAACCUGAGCCUCACGCUCUCCAACGCCUACCGCAACGUCUGCGCCGCCAAGGAGCCCAUCCGGACCCUCAAGGACCUGCUAAAGAUCAAGGGUGUUGGACCAUGGGUCAUCCGUCUCAUAAAAGAGUCCUUUCCAGCGUCCAGCCCAGAUUUAUCUCCUCCAAAAUGUAAAGAGAAAGGGAAAAGGGGGAAGAAAAUAAAAAGACCAGAGCAUAGUCCUGAACUUGUUUGCAGCAAUUCUGCUUCUAUGGCAUCCCAAGAACUGAUACAGUUGACCAGUCAAGAGCAGCUCAGUUACAGUUCUGAAGUUCAAACUACCGGUUCUGCUGAAUUCACUAUGCUAGACAAGGACACUAGUGGUAUGGGCAAUUCUAAACUAGCUAUGCCACCUCGUCUAUCUAAUGAAAAGUUUCUUGAAGCUUAUGAAGUGGUGUUGAUAUUGGAUGAUCGUGAAAUUUUUGGAUCCCGUGGCAAAAGAGUUGUUGGUAACAUACAUUCGAAGUUUCAUGUACCUGUAGAGAUAAAACGCCUGCCUGUUGGAGAUGGUAUUUGGAUUGCUCGUCAUAGAAGAUCUCAUACGGAGUAUGUUCUUGAUUUCGUUGUUGAAAGGAAAAGUGUAACAGAUUUAGUUAGCUCAAUUAGAGACAGCAGGUACAAAGAUCAGAAAUUAAGGCUAAAGAAAUGUGGACUAAGGAAGCUGAUAUAUCUGGUUGAAGGUGAUCCAAACCCUUUAGGCGCAUCAGAGAGCAUCAAAACAGCCUGCUUCACCACUGAGAUUCUUGAAGGAUUUGAUGUUCAGAGAACCACUGGAUAUUCUGAUACUGAAAGCACAUACGGCCACCUGACACUCUCAAUAAUUGAUUACUACAGCACAAAUUUCUCAAUCGGUGCUAACACUUGUCGAGUUUGCUUAACUUAUGACGAGUUUGUGAAGAAGUGUUGUGACCCCAAGAAGUUAACUGUGAGCGACAUAUUCGCCCUACAACUUAUGCAGGUACCACAGGUGACAGAAGAAACUGCAAUUGCAGUUAUAGAGCUCUACCCGACUCUUGUCUCACUUGCUCGCGCGUACUCCAUGCUUGAUGGCGAUACCCCUGCCCAAGAGAAGAUGCUGAACAUGAAGAGCAAGAUGGUGAACGCAGGGGCUAGCAGAAAUAUCUUCAAGCUUGUCUGGGUGAAGGGUGAAAUAUUACUGACCUAGUUACCUAAAUGGGUUCCUUCCUGACUUGACUUGGUUCAACCGGCCUUUUGUCACCAUCUCGAUGAUUUUGGCGCCACUUCUUGUGAUGAAGCUCCAUUGUUCCUGGAGAUGUCGUCGCAUAACUUGCAUGUUCCGAAGGCAAAUUAAGAUGCUUCUUUCUGCGUGCCUUGGGGCGCUGGAAGUUUCAUCACCUAAACCUCCCGAUCAGGGGGGUUACCUCCGUGUUGUAGACCUGCAUGCCUUGCAAUGAGCUGGCUAUGUGUUUCAUAUGUACUACUUACUAGUUAUGUACUAAGUAUUAAGUGUCUUGUGCUAUGCAUUGUCUUGUGUCAUUUAAAACUCGUUUGAAUGGAAGCCCCCGAGAUGAUGAGAACAUUUGAA